GAUAUGGCAGUCGAGAGGAACAGCAAGCGCGGUCACAUCGCCCUUGCCGGCACCUCAGUAGGGUCCAUUGGGGUGCAGCUGGUGGGAUUCAACCAGAGUCGAGGAUGGAACCAAGGCAGGAAGGCAGACACUCCCGCAAUGUCACAACCAGGAACACAUCUCGGCUCAGCAUUCGAAAUGGCCAUAGCAUUCGUCAGCCCUGCCCUGCUACCCAGACCGAGGAAACAUUUUGAGCCGAGUAAAAGCCCAGAUUGUGAAAACACCACCUCGGGCAUGGCAUGUUUAUUGACAUCCACAUUUGGGUCCGUCACAUACUAAUCAAGGAGGCCAAAGUGGCUGUCGCGUGUGUUUGCUACGAUAAGACUGCUGUUUCUGGGUGUGUUUUGUCUGAAGUCUGCGAUUUUUGUUCGAAGUUCGGAUGGGCGCUAGUCGGAAAAUAGGGGGUCAUUGUUUUCAUUUUCAUUAUAUCGCAGCACACCCGAGACGCCUCCACCCCCACACCCCAACCCAAGGGAAUGUGAGAUGUCAUCCCUGUUCCCAUUGCUUUCUAGGUGUUAAGACUUUCAUAAAGCGUAAUACUGCCAUUGUAAUAUGCUUAGUUAUUAUAUGUUGUAUCAGAUUCGGCUAAGAUUACGAUCAUGAGUAAAAUUCUGAGUAACGAAAAUAAUUACACCAAAAGACUACUCCUCACAAGGUAAGAAAUAACCAGAGGAAGUUAUCCUUGUCAGGUUUUGCGAAAUAUUAAUUCAUAUUAUUCUUAUUUGAAUAAUGCAUCUCGUUAUAUGCGCAGGCAUUCUAUUCCAACAAGAAUGAUGCAA